UGCAGUGUGCGUAACAUUUAUUUUUCGUGAAUGUUUUCUAUAAGCUGUUAUCAAUUUUUACAAUAAAUUUUACUGUUGAACGAGUUCAAAUUAUACUGAAAAGUAUGUUAUCCUGAACACUUUUCGUUGAUUUCGCAAUCGAUUUAGCAGUAUUCUCCAGUGAUAGCAUCGAUACAAUUCUUCAAAAUGUCUAAGGAAAUGAUGAUUGUGUUCGUGUACGACACUGCUAAGCAUGAUGAAUUUCAUGACCCUAUAAAGUCAGUUAUCUACUUUCACCCGUCAUGGGUCUCCGAAACGCAAAAACUUCUUCUGUGUGGUCAACUCAUGGGAACUACUCACUUUUUGAAUGAAACAUUGUUCACUCCUAGAAUUAUCUCGCUACAGAGUGGAAAAUUUGCACUUAAAUCCUUCGGACGGUUUGUUCUGGCCGUUGGUUCAGAUAGGAAUAUAUCAGAAAAUGUAUUGGAACAUAGAGCCAAUUUCUUGUAUACAUUAGUAAAAAUGUAUCACUGCGAUAUAAAUGCCAUCCACGAAAUUUAUUCAAAUGAUCAGGAAUCGAAGUUUCCUGAUAAAAUUUACAGCAUAAUGGAGAGUUACUUACCGCUACUACAGUAUAAUGGCAAUAUUUUUCAAAAUGUUUCUAGUUUGAAAAUACCCAAGAGUGCAAGUAACCUUUUUCUUGAAGCUACUCAGAUUCUUCAAAGCUUUCAACAGACGAGAGGUGUUCUGGGGGGAACCAUUAUGUACCACAACAAGGUUGUUGCUAGUCAGUUAUCGGAUAACUUAACUAAAAUAUUCACAUUAUCAGAUUUGUAUCGGCUAAAGUCGUCAGAGUAUAUAAAUGCGAACUUCCAUAUUCCUGUUGGAGUGACCCUUAUAAAUGCAUACAUACCGUCAAACGAGUAUGAAGAACUUUUGAAGACGUCCACGCAAACAUUUAAUUUGUUUGUGAACUCUUCUGCUAAAGAUACAAUGCCAUUCCAAAUACGAAAAAAAUCGUUUUCAAAAGAUUCACAUUCGUUAAUGAAACGAGAUAAGUCUUUGAUCUUCACAAACAUUCCAGAAGAAGAUAUGGAUGAUGGCAUAGGAACGAUGAAGGCAGUGGGCCAAAAGAAACCUUUUUUCAGCAGGCCUACACAUCUUCCCCUGUUUUUUAAAAAUCCCUCAUCUGUAGACGUGAUGGAAUCAGGAUUUAGUUCAAUUAAUUUUGACGAGACGGACAGUUUUCCUAAUUUCAUUGGAAAAACGAGUGUGUGCUCGACGCCGCUAACUGAAAAUAAGGUUUUACCUCACAGUAACGUUUUAUCGAUUUGUGCGGCAAAUGAAAAUAUAGAAGAAGAACAGCCAUCAUUGGAAAACGAAUCGGCCUUGCCGAUUAUGCAGUCAUUUUUUAAAGAAACAGAUUAUGCUAAAAGUGAAAAAACUUUCCCAGUUGAAUUUCCAAAUUUCAUAAGCAAUCCUUAUAAGUCCAGUCGAACGCGAUUUUCGUGUAACAAUAUAGAUGACCUAGAAAGCUCUAUGGAUCAAAAUCAUUCCGAUCGUAGUUCCGCUGUAGCAGUACCUAUAAGACAACACACCUCCGGUUCAAACAUGUUGAGCAAAUCUAUAACUGAUCCAACUUAUCCUAUUUUCAACAACGACGGUAAAGCUGUGUCAUACAGUUUAUUUAGAGAGUGUUUAAAGCUCUAUUACACAGAUUUGCACCAACUGGCAACUGAAGAAUCACCAAAGAAAAAUUCUGCAAUAAAAGAUCCAAUAUUUCCCGCCAUGAUCGAUGAGCAAUCGGCAAAAGAAGAGUCUAUGCCAAUUUUACCCACCACCAAAAAAAGUAGAAGAGAUCUUAAUCUACCCCUCAAAGGUUUGAAUUUAGACACCAGGAAUCAAGAAAUUCAACAUGCUACCAACAUAUUUGAUUCACCUGUAAAACGUAAGAAACUUUCUGGUCUACAGUUGACACCGUUGAUGUCUAAACUUACCAUGUUAGCCAUCAGUGACCAACAAUCCAGCGGGUUUUCUAGUUGGGAUACAACACCAGGUUGUAGCGGAUUAAGUAACAAUCCACUAACUCCCCUCGAAUAUCAACCGAAAAGGCGAAAAUCCAAAACAUUGAUGACCAGCAUCGCAACCACAAUUGAAGAGGUCGCAGAUACCACAAGCACGUCUGACAAUGAUUCGUCGAAGCCGAUUAAAGUAGAACUAUUCAUAUGCGUGCAACAGAAUAUGACCUUAGUGUUGCUGCUACAGGAAAAAAGCUGUGAAAAGGAAAAUACUAUUCACUCUCUGUUCGAAACAUGCGUUUCAAAGUUGACACGCAUAGAAAACAGUCUCCACCAAGUGAUGAGCAUUAAUGUCGAAGGAACAGAUAAAGGUGACAGUAGCUACAGUUUUAUCUGUCUGGAUUCUAAGUGGGACGUCAACAACCGGUGUGGUCCUUGGACAUCAAAAGACCUACUUACUCUUAAUUCAUUGCAUGACGAAUAUAACAGCAAUCGCAAAUUAAUGGAAUUUGUUGUUAAAUCUCAAGACGCAGUCAUCUACGCAUAUCGGUGUGGCCGCUCGGAAAUAUAUUACCAACAGUCAUCAAUGAUUCAACCAGGAUUGCCACCCCCUCAUGAUACUAUGGGAACCGUGCCAAUUUGUGCCAAACGUCGGUUGGAACGAGAUCAUAGAAUUCUAUUGUUGUAAUAUAUUUAAAAAAAAUCAAAUAACAUAAAUCAACACCAACAUGUGAAAAGGGUAUAAAAGACAAAGACCCGUUUUCAGUGGAUUCAAAUUGCCCAAUAUGAGCUCUACUUAACACAAAACCCGUUUUUAGUUUAUCAGUUUUCGUAAGAUUUAUAAUGCAGUUUGAGCAAAGGAUCUAAAAAUUUUAGAGCCAAAAAAUUACAUUAUCCUCACACAAAUUGUUUUUUACACCCUUUACUCCACAACAAAGCAAACGGUCUAGAUGCAAAACAUUAAAAGGGGGAUGAUGCGGAAAGCUAUUCAGUCACUCCUAUAGGGAUAAUCAUGAGCGUUUAUGAAAAAAUUGGGGAAAUUUUAUCUCCAUCUUACUCACACAUAUGAGACAUACAGUACAAAGGAAACGGUGUAUAAAACAAUUAGACGAAAUUCAUACUCCAGCUAGGUUCUAUAAACAAUUGCGAGCUAUUUUUCCAAAAUAAUUAAUUUUCUCGAAACGUCAUAAAUGAACAUAGACCCUUUUCACGUGUCGGUGCUGAAAUGACUUCUUUGAGAUCGUUUGUAGCAGUGGUUGUAUAUUGUUGAGUAUGAAUUGAACAACCUUCUCUCGCUCAACGCUUUACUCGAAAGCAAAGAUUGCUUUGAGGCAGCGAAAACGACGAUGAUGCAUGCGCUCUCAACAUGGCCUGCCUUCACGAACCAAUAUACAUUCGAGGCAGCGAAUCCGAAAAACCAAACGAAUGGCUCUCACUCAUCUCCGGUUACAAGCUUGAGGGAACCGAAUUCAAAAGGCAUAGCAUACGUCCUUUCUGUUCGCUCCUGGAUCGAAUGCCCGAGGAUUUUGCUAUUGCUAUUAGUGCACUGCAACUGCGCGCAGGCAGGCAGCUCGUUUUUCGUUUCUUUUCUUCCCCCUCUUUGCACUCUACGUUGCGGCGCGAGCCUGCGAUAAUUUCGGUUGUUGUUCCCUCAACCAUUGAGAACAGCUUGAAUAUGUUAUCCUCAACACCCAGGAUAGCUAGAUUAUUUAGGUAUUCUACUCCGUUGCUUGCAUAUGUAUUAGUAGGCCAACAAAUACAAAUUCCAUAGAAAUGUAUGGAUUUUUUUUUUAAUGUUAGUUUUCUUACAAAACUACUGAUUUUAAAAUUCUUUGAAAAAUAUAAAAAUGUUAACCAAAGUAUUUGAAAUGCAUUAAGCGCUUAUGCGGAUGGAAAACAUAUUUUUAAAGUGGAUUUUUUAUUGAACCAAAAACAUCGCUUUUUGCUAAAUUCACUAUAACUGAUUUUUUUUUUAAAUUUUGUAGGACCUAAAAUAAAGUAUUAUUCAUUACAAUUGUAACAAGUCAUUUUUAGCAUAUUUUUACAACUUCAUAUAAAAAAAUGCUUUCCGAAAUUCGAAUAUUUUGCUGAGAUACUGCUAAAUUGCCAAAGAAAAACUGUCUCGUAGUCAGAAUAUAGAAAGCUUUUGAACAUAAAUUUUACUAAUUGCUACACAAGGUAUUUCAAAGAAUGCAAGUGAUUACUUGUUUGACCAAUAAGACCCCUUAAUUUUCCAUAAAUUGUAAUUUUGUUUCAAAUCCCAUACAUAUCGUUCAAAAUUUCAUAACUAUUUUUGACCCUGCGUUUACACGGCUCUGUCGAUUGAGGUUAAGCGCAAAGUUUACCUAUUGAUCUACCUAUCUUGCUCAACACCAGCUAUCGGCUUGAGUCCAAGGGGCUGAAAGAGAAGAAAAUUCCCGAACUGACAUUUUAGUACCGCACUGACGUUUUGUUACCAAAAUACCAUUGAAAUCAAAGGGGAACUGACGUUCUGGUUCCAAAAAGUCAGAACGGUACGUUUGUAUGUGAUUUGACAGUUGCUUCAGUCCUUUGCUUGAGUCAGGUUGAUGUCAUGCUGAGGCGACAAGCAGCGCGUUGAUUUGCAACACGUUCACACGCCAUACCUGCUCUCAUUUGAUCUCCAUGGAAAAAAGCGCAUACCUGUCAUACUGAGCGCAUUGGAAAGCGCGACAAAGCUGAUGCCAGGGUGUUUUGAAGCGCGACAAGUAGGAAAUCCAAUGGGAAUAUUGUUUUUUCUCGGUUUGAAGUAGUGAUUCCGGGUUAUAAGCACAAUAGUUCGAAGAUCCGUCCGAACUUGUGAUAAUAAAUGUAACCAUGGUCAAGAUUGUCAAGAUUUAUCGCGUAAAUGUAAAUGUCAAGGAAGUGCUGGUGAUUAAGUGUAGAGUGGAGCGGACCUGCUUUUGACCCCGAAAAAAAAACCUCGGACGCACCCAAAUAACAUAAACGUCUGGAGAUGUUGGUACACUUCAACAGAUGGCAGCACAUGAUAGGCUUCUGAGUCCAGGGCUGGAUGUAGCAGCAGAAAAUGGAUGCUGAGCUGCUGAGAGGAAACCGGAUGAAGGGAUAGAGGGGCAUGAAAGGUCAACGAUCGGGUACGGGAACCAUGGACCUUUAACAAUAGGGUCAUUCUUCGUCGCAACUCUAAGUGAAUACUACGGCAAGAAAAACGCCAAAGUAUCUUUCGUUCUAAAGGCCAUGUUCCUUUUUUUUUUUAAAAAAAAAGCCGUUGAAGCUACGGUGACCUUAGUGAGUUAGCGAGAAAUAAAAUAAUUGUGUGUGUGUAGAGGACUCCCAGGUAACCUAAGGCUCUGAAUGCCAGCAAAUUACCCGACCUAACGCCAAGUCGCCAUUUUGUUCCUUCUAUCACCAGGACCCCGUACUUUACUCUUUUGAAGUCCGGUAGGAGUACCCGAAGCAGCUUUCCUGAGCGUCAAUCCUGCCUUACACCCGCGACGUGUCCGGAACCGUGAUCGCCAUCCAAAGGCGUCGCCAACUACCGUCAUAACCAGCGGACGUGUGAGGGCCGCUUCCCAUCCAACGAGACCGUCCGGCAGGCGGCACCCUGUACUAACACUAAGUUAAGAAAAAUACUUCCGGCACAUGCUUUUUAAAUGUUAAGUGAAUUCUUUCAAUUAAGUAUUUUAUUUUUAACUUUGAUUUUUUAUUAGAACAAUAUCAACAUAUUUUACAAUCUUCUUUUAAUGAGUUAUUAAUGUGUUGAAAUCAAUACUGAUUUAAGAAUCAGUCUAGUUGAAAGAAAAAAAAGGAUUUUUGUUGAUAAUUUCGUUGACGUCACUAGAAUCGUCCAUCGGUCUCUGUUCCAAGCUAUACACUUUGUUUCCAAAAACCGUAGAAUCGGCCAAUAUUUCGUUGGACUGCUUCAACAUGUAAUUACCGUCGUCAGUCACCAU